AUGAACAUUAUUAUAGAACAAAUUGUAAAACUAGAAACUGUUUAUGUCAUAAAAAUAAAUAAAAUGCUAGAUGACAAAACACUUAUUUGGAUUAUUUUAAUCAUUGUAAUAUUAAAGUCUGAAGGCAAAGAUUUAUAUUCCUACUUCGUAUUUUAUUUCCGUAUUAUUAUGGUUUGCGAAAUUU